AUGCUGACCCAUAGACUACGCUGCCUGCCUGCCAGUCACGUGCUGAGCACAGGGACUGUGGAGUCCAGGAAGCUGGCCAAAGUGAAAGGUAACAGAACCAGUUCUUAAACUGUAAAUUAUUUCCAUAAUGAAUACACCCCUGUUGAGCCCAUUUUUACAAGGCUGUCACUAGAAAUACCACAAAACGCAUACACUCUAAGAACACACAUGAGCAAAUAUGCGUGAAGUUCAGGAAUACAUAGACAGCAGAUUUCCACAAAACACUGUUAUGUGCUGUGUACAGUAGCAUUUGGCGGGAAUACUAGCCACUCUGUGUGUAUCCAGCACCACAUCUGAUCUCAUGUUUUGGAUGACAGAUCACAAAUAACCUUGACCCAUUGUGUUGCUUGCAGGUCAGGUGCACCAAGUAACACCCAAUUCAAACAGUUGUUCUUCUACAAUGUGAAUUAAAUAAACUUGACCUGAAUAGAACAAUACUUGUUUGUCUUGAGUGAAGAGGCAAGCAGUGGAGAACAUAGAUACAGUAGUGUGCUGAGAGGCCCGUACCACAGCAGCACGGUCAAAGCAGGAAAGAACAGUUCAGACGUCAGAGUAUGGCUUUGACUUAGGGGUAACUCCUGUUACUGGCACUAGCAUACAUAGCUCCAAGCCUGGACACAGCUAUUAAUUCAUUGGCACGAUUGCUAUCGGCUAUAUAUAUAUAUAUAUAUAUAUAUAUAUAUAUAUAUAUAUAUAUAUAUAUAUAUAUAUAUACACAUACAGUGGGGAGAACAAGUAAUUGAUACACUGCCGAUUUUGCAGGUUUUCCUACUUACAAAGCAUGUAGAGGUCUGUAAUUUGUAUCAUAGGUACACUUCAACUGUGAGAGAUGGAAUCUAAAACAAAAAUCCAGAAAAUCACAUUGUAUGAUUUUUAAGUAAUUAAUUUGCAUGACAUAAGUAUUUGAUCACCUACCAACCAGUAAGAAUUCCAGCUCUUACAGACCUGUUAGUUUUUCUUGAAGAAGCCCUCCUGUUCUCCACUCAUUACCUGUAUUAACUGCACCUGUUUGAACUCGUUACCUGUAUAAAAGACACCUGUCCACACACUCAAUCAAACAGACUCCAACCUCUCCACAAUGGCCAAGACCAGAGAGCUGUGUAAGGACAUAAGGGAUAAAAUUGUAGACCUGCACAAGGCUGGGAUGGGCUACAGGACAAUAGGCAAGCAGCUUGUUGAGAAGGCAACAACUGUUGGCGCAAUUAUUAGAAAAUGGAAGAAGUUCAAGAUGACGGUUAAUCACCCUCGGUCUGGGGCUCCAUGCAAGAUCUCACCUCGUGGGGCAUCAAAGAUCAUGAGGAAGGUGAGGGAUCAGCCCAGAACUACACGGCAGGACCUGGUCAAUGACCUGAAGAGAGCUGGGACCACAGUCUCAAAGAAAACCAUUAGUAACACACUACGCUGUCAUGGAUUAAAAUCCUGCAGCGCACGCAAGGUCCCCCUGCUCAAGCCAGCGCAUGUCCAGGCCCGUCUGAAGUUUGCCAAUGACCAUCUGGAUGAUCCAGAGGAGGAAUGGGAGAAGGUCAUGUGGUCUGAUGAGACAAAAAUAGAGCUUUUUAGUCUAAACUCCACUCGCCGUGUUUGGAGGAAGAAGAAGGAUGAGUACAACCCCAAGAACACCAUCCCAACUGUGAAGCAUGGAGGUGGAAACAUCAUUCUUUGGGGAUGCUUUUCUGCAAAGGGGACAGGACGACUGCACCGUAUUGAGGGGAGGAUGGAUGGGGCCAUGUAUCGCGAGAUCUUGGCCAACAACCUCCUUCCCUCAGUAAGAGCAUUGAAGAUGGGUCGUGGCUGGGUCUUCCAGCAUGACAACGACCCGAAACACACAGCCAGGGCAACUAAGGAGUGGCUCCGUAAGAAGCAUCUCAAGGUCCUGGAGUGACCUAGCCAGUCUCCAGACCUGAACCCAAUAGAACAUCUUUGGAGGGAGCUGAAAGUCCGUAUUGCCCAGCGACAGCCCCGAAACCUGAAGGAUCUGGAGAAGGUCUGUAUGGAGGAGUGGGCCAAAAUCCCUGCUGCAGUGUGUGCAAACCUGGUCAAGACCUACAGGAAACGUAUGAUCUCUGUAAUUGCAAACAAAGGUUUCUGUACCAAAUAUUACGUUCUGCUUUUCUGAUGUAUCAAAUACUUAUGUCAUGCAAUAAAAUGCAAAUUAAUUACUUAAAAAUCAUACAAUGUGAUUUUCUGAAUUUUUGUUUUAGAUUCCGUCUCUCACAGUUGAAGUGUACCUAUGAUAAAGAUUACAGACCUCUACAUGCUUUGUAAGUAGGAAAACCUGCAAAAUCGGCAGUGUAUCAAAUACUUGUUCUCCCCACUGUACAGUUGAAGUCGGAGGUUUACCUACACCUUAGCCAAAUACAUUUAAACUCAGUUUUUCACAAUUCCUGACAUUUAAUCCUAGUAAAAAUUCCCUGUUUUAGGUCAGUUAGGAUCACUACUUUAUUUUAAGAAAGUGAAAUGUCAGAAUAAUUGUAGAGAGAAUGAUAUUUUUCAGCUUUUAUUUCUUUCAUCACAUUCCCAGUGGGUCAGAAGUUUACAUACACUCAAUUAGUAUUUGGUAGCAUUGCCUUUAAAUUGUUUAACUUGGGUCAAACAUUUCGGGUAGCCUUCCACAAGCUUCCCACAAUAAGUUGGGUGAAUUUUGGCCCAUUCCUCCUGACAGAGCUGGUGUAACUGAGUCAGGUUUGUAGGCCUCCUUGCUCGCACACGCUUUUUCAGUUCUGCCCACACAUUUUCUAUAGGAUUGAGGUCAGGGCUUUGUGAUGGCCACUCCAAUACCUUGACUUUGUUGUCCUUAAGCCAUUUUGCCACAACUUUGGAAUUAUGCUUGGGGUCAUUGUCCAUUUGGAAGACACAUUUGAGACCAAGCUUUAACUUCCUGACUGAUGUCUUGAGAUGUUGCUUCAAUAUAUCCACAUAAUAUUCCUUCCUCAUGAUGCCAUCUAUUUUGUGAAGUGCACCAGUCCCUCCUGCAGCAAAGCACCCCCGCAGCAUGAUGCUGCCACCCCCGUGCUUCACGGUUGGGAUGGUGUUCUUCUGCUUGCAUAACGAUGGUCAUUAUGGCCAAACAGUUCUAUUUUUGUUUCAUCAGACCAGAGGACAUUUCUCCAAAAAGUAAAAUAUUUGUCCCCAUGUGCAGUUGCAAACCGUAGUCUGGUUUAUUUAUGGCUGUUUUGGAGCAGUGGCUUCUUCCUUGCUGAGCGGCCUUUCAGGUUAUGUCGAUAUAGGACUCGUUUCACUGUCGAUAUAGAUACUUUUGUACCUGUUUCCUCCAGCAUCUGCACAAGGUCCUUUGCUGUUGUUCUAGGAUUGAUUUGCACUUUUCGCACCAAAGUACGUUCAUCUCUAGGAGACAGAAUGCGUCUCCUUCCUGAGCGGUAUGACGGCUGCGUGGUCCCAUGGUGUUUAUACUUGCGUACUAUUGUUUGUACAGAUGAAUGUGGUAUCUUCAGGCGUUUAGAAAUUGCUCUCAAGGAUGAACCAGACUUGUGGAGGUCUACAAUUGUUUUUCUUGGCUGAUUUCUUUUGAUUUUCCCAUGAUGUCAAGCAAAGAAGCACUGAGUUUGAAGGUAGGCCUUGAAAUACAUCCACAGGUACAACUCCAAUUGACUCAAAUGAUGUCAAUUAGCCUAUCAGAAGCUUCUAAAGCCAUGACAUCAUUUUCUGGAAUUUUCCAAGCUGUUUAAAGGCACAGUCAACUAAGUGUAUGUAAACUUCUGACCCACUGGAAUUGUGAAACAGUGAAUUAUAAAUGAAAUAAUCUGUCUGUAAACAAUUGUUGGAAAAAUUACUUGUGUUAUGCACAAAGUAGAUGUCCUAAUCGACUUGCCAAAACUAUAGUUUGUUAACAAGAAAUGUGUGGAGUGGUUGAAAAACAAGUUUUAAUGACUCCAACCUAAGUGUAUGUAAACUUCUGACUUCAACUGUAUAUAUAUAUAUAUAUAUAUAUAUAUGCACUACCAGUCAAAGGUUUUAGAACACCUACCCAUUCAAGGGUUUUUCUUUAUUUUUACUAUUAUUUUACAUUGUAGAAUAAUAGUGAAGACAUCAAAACUAUGAAAUAACAGAUAUGGAAUCAUGUAGUAACCAAUUUUUUUUUAAACAAAUCCAAAUAUAUUUGAGAUUUGAGAUUCUUCAAAUAGCCACCCUUUGCCUUGAUGCCAGCUUUGCACAAUCUUGGCACUCUCUCAACCAGCUUCAUGAGGUAGUCACCUGUAAUGCAUUUCAAUUAACAGGUGUCAAGUGCUAUGAUGAAACUGGCUCUCAUGAGGACCGCCACAGGAAAGGAAGAACCAGAGUUAAAUAUGCUGCAGAGGAUAAGUUCAUUAGAGUUACCAGCCUCAGAAAUUGCAGCCCAAAUAAAUGCUUCACAGAGUUCAAGUCACAGACAUAUCUCAACAUCAACUGUUCAGAGGGGACUGUAUGAAAAGGGCCUUCAUGGUCGAAUUGCUGCAAAGAAACCACUACUAAAUAAUAAGAAGAGACUUGCUUGAGCCAAGAAACACGAGCAAUGGACAUUAGACCGGUGGAAAUUUGUCCUUUGGUCUGGAGUUCAAAUUUGAGAUUUUUGGUUCCAACCGCCAUGUCUUUGUGAGACUUGGUGUGGGUGAACAGAUGAUCUGUAACACUCUGGCUCCGGGACUUUUGGAUUUGAGCCAGGGUGUAUUUGUUUUGUUGGGUAUUUGUUGUGGGGUUGGUUGUAAGGGUGUAUUCGGUUGGUUGUGUUUUGGGUGUGUUAAUUGUGGUGUCGUGUGACUCCCAAUCGGAGGUAACGAGUGUCAGCUGUCGGCUCGUUAUCUCUGAUUGGGAGCCAUAUUUAAUCUGAAUGUUUUCCUGUGGGCAUUGUGGGUUUUUGUUCCAAGUUUAGUCUUUGUUACUGUUGGACUUCACUUUCGUCUUUUUGUUUUGUAUUGACGUGCUUUUCUAAUUAAAAGUCAUCAUGUUCACUCGCAACGCUGCGCCUUGGUCUCCUGUUAUAGACGAUCGUGACAUGAUCUCUGCAUGUGUAGUUCCCACCGUAAAGCAUGGAGGAGGAGGUGUUAUGGUGUGGGGGUGCUUUGCUGGUGACACUGUCUGUGAUUUAUGUAGAAUUCAAGGCACACUUAACCAGCAUGGGUACCACAGCAUUCUGCAGCGAUACGCCAUCCCAUCUGAUUUGUGGUCAAUACUAGUGCCAGAGCAUGAUUGCAUUUGACGCACCCAAAUACAGACACAUGCAGUCUAUACGUAGUUAGUCAGCCUAGCUCAAAUCCAGCCCUAGCCCUUACCCGUUAGAUAACAUGUUUUCCUUAUUGUUUAUGGGUUAAGCUACAUAUUGUUUAAUUGGUUAUGGCUGAUAAUGGUAUGGAGUGUUGAUAGUGUGUUUGCUGAAGCCCCUCUGUGUGUGUGUGUGUGUGUGUGUAGGACUCUUUGCCUUGCUGCUGAUGCUGUUGGAGUGGACCAGACCAGGCCUACCGUCCCCCAUGCGGCCGAUCUGUGACCUGCGGGUCCUAAAACACUUCAUUGAAGAGGCUAGAGACGCCCAAGCAGCCAUGGUGAGACACACACCACAUCCACGUCUGGUCUGGUCUGAGCCCGUAUUAAUAAAGCGUCUCAAAGUAGGAGUGUGUGUGUGUGUCCCCCUUUUCAAUUCUUUAUCAUCUUAGGGCUCAGAGACACCAAUAGCUUUUGCUGGCCGAGAGUACUCUGAACAUAAUUUGUGAACUGAGUGUGCACCGAUUUUACACGUAGAAUCGCAUGAAAAAUAACGGCAGUCAGACCUCUACAGCUGGUGGUCCCUAAAACACAGCAUGAACGAUAGGCAGACCAAUGCUAGAUCCACAUUCGGUGCGAUGUGUGCGAGCUUUAAGAGGAAAACUGAUCCUUGUUCAGCACUCAUAUUCUGAGACCCUUUAUGAAUACGGGCCAUGGCCAUGAACUGGUGCUAUUUACAGUGAUAGUUACAUUUCAUCUCACACAUCUCUCUCUUAUUUUCUAUCAAUUUUUCCUUGCCCGGUUUCUUUUCUCCAUCCAUCCCCCGCUCCCUCCCUCAGCUGACUUGUAAAGAAGGACGUGGUCUUCCAGAGCCUGUCACUGUUCCCCAAACCAAAGUAGACUUCAACGUCUGGGAGAGGAAAAAUGUAAGUAACAACAGUCUCCCUCUCUCUCUCUCUCGCUCUCUCUCCAAGAAGAAGAACCAGUCUACCUAAGAAUGUGCUCUACCGUUAUCAAAUCAGCAAUAUUUCCUGUUCUCACAUUGCAGAGCCACAUUGAGAGAGUUUGGCCAUUGAGGUUUCAGCCUAAAUCACAAAGCUCUGGUCAACUGGUGAACUGUCUGUCUCUGUGUGUUUCUGUAGGCACUGGAGCAAGCUCAGGAGGUACAGUCUGGCCUGUGGCUGUUAAACCAGGCCAUCAGCUCGCUACGAGCCUCUGUCACCAACACAGCGUUGCAAAGCCACAUAGACAACAGCCUCAUAAACAUCUUCAGAAUCGGAAAGGUGCUGCGCAGCCUCAACAUCCAGGUAAGCCAGGUCAGGGUUCAAAGUACAAGGGCUCAAAGGGAGAGUGGGGUUUUGGCAUGAGGACAGAGGACAGAGAGUGGUGAAUAUUGAGGUAAAUUAACCAACAGGUGAACAGGUAAUCAGUGCUACAAUUAUCUUUACUUCAAUGUAGUCAUGAUUGAAUGACUUGUGGAAAUUGCUAUUGCAGACAAGGAUAGGAAUGAAUGGUCACUAUCUUAAGUUCACUUAGGGCCCUGCCCAGAUGCAUUCCUAGAGACACACAAGGUUUAACCUGAAUGACCCAGUUACUACUAUUCCCACACAGUGGAUGGCGCAUGCUGCUGGUGGAUGGUUAUGCCAUACUGACUGUACACUCUUCGAAAACAAAAGGUUAUUCGGCUAUCCCAUAGGAGAACCCUUUAAAGAACCCUUUUUGGUUCCAGGUAGAACUAUUUUGGGUUCCAUGUAGAACCCUUUCCACAGAGGGUUCUAUAUGAAACCAAAAAGGGUUCUAACUGGAAGCAAAAAGGGUUAUCCUAUGGGGACAGCCAAAGAACCCUUUUGGAACCCUUUUUCUAAGAUGUAAGGGACUGUUAUGUCAGAGAAAUUCGGAGAAUGACAACAACCACACUCACAUCCACCAGUGAGGUAGGUCACUGACAGGCAGGCAGAGUUUACUGGGUAUACGCCAAGGCCAUGGAAAGACAAAAUGAGCUCCAGUCAUUCCAUCUGUGCAUUCAGCCUCAAGGGCUACUGCAGAGCUUUCAUAGUACAGUCGUGGUCAAACGUUUUGAGAAUGACACAAAUAUUAAUUUUCACAAAGUCUGCUGCCUCAGUUUUUAUGAUGGCAUGUGACUCCAGAAUGUUAUGAAGAAUGAUCAGAUGAAUUGCAAUUAAUUGCAAAGUCCCUCUUUGCCAUGAAAAUGAACUUAAUCCCCAAAAAACAUUUCCACUGCAUUUCAGCCCUGCCACAAAAGGACCAGCUGACAUCAUGUCAGUGAUUCUCUCGUUAACACAGUUGAGAGUGUUGACGAGGACAAGGCUGGAGAUACCUCUGUCAUGCUGAUUGAGUUAGAAUAACAGACUGGAAGCUUUAAAAGGAGGGUGGUGCUUGAAAUCAUUGUUCUUCCUCUGUUAACCAUGGUUACCUGAAAGGAAACACGUAUCGUCAUCAUCGCUUUGCACAAAAAGGGCUUCACAGGCAAGGGUAUUGCUGCUAAUAAGAUUGCACCUAAAUCAACCAUUUAUCUGAUCAUCAAGAACUUCAAGGAGAGAGGUUCAAUUGUUGUGAAGAAGGCUUCAGGGCGCCCAAGAAAGUCCAGCAAGCGCCAGGACCGUCUCCUAAAGUUGAUUCAGCUGUGGGAUCGGGGCACCACCAGUGCAGAGCUUGCUCAGGAAUGGCAGCAGGCAGGUGUGAGUGCAUCUGCACGCACAGUGAGGCGAAGACUUUUGGAGGAUGGCCUGGUGUCAAGAAGGGCAGCGAGGAAGCCACUUUUCUCCAGGAAAAACAUCAGGGACAGACUGAUAUUCUGCAAAAGGUACAGGGAUUGGACUGCUGAGGACUGGGGUAAAGUCAUUUUCUCUGAUGAAUCCCCUUUCCGAUUGUUUGGGGCAUCCGGAAAACACCUUGUCCGGAGAAGACAAGGUGAGCGCUACCGUCAGUCCUGUGUCAUGCCAACAGUAAAGCAUCCUCAGACCAUUAAUGUGUGGGGUUGCUUCUCAGCCAAGGGAGUGGGCUCACUCACAAUUUUGCCUAAGAACACAGCCAUGAAUAAAGAAUGGUACCAACACAUCCUCCGAGAGCAACUUCUCCCAACCAUCCAAGAACAGUUUGGUGACGAACAAUGCCUUUUACAGCAUGAUGGAGCACCUUGCCAUAAGGCAAAAGUGAUAACUAAGUGGCUCGGGGAAAAAAACAUCGACAUUUUGGGUCCAUGGCCAGGAAACUCCCCAGACCUUAAUCCCAUUGAGAACUUGUGGUCAAUCCUCAAGAGGCGGGUGGACAAACAAAAACCCACAAAUUCUGACAAACUCCAAGCAUUGAUUAUGCAAGAAUGGGCUGCCAUCAGUCAGGAUGUGGCCCAGAAGUUAAUUGACAGAAUACCAGGGUGGAUUGCAGAGGUCUUGAAAAAGAAAGCAAAUAUUGACUCUUUGCAUAAACUUAAUGUAAUUGUAAAUAAAAGCCCUUGACACUUAUGGAAUGCUUGUAAUUAUACUUCAGAAUACCAUAGUAACAUCUGACAAAAAUAUCUAAAAACACUGAAGCAGCUAACUUUGUGAAGACCAAUACUUGCGUCAUUCUCAAAACUUUGGACCACGACUGCAUAGACAUCAAACAAACAGCACCCUAGGCUUGUACCCUGGUGAAAUACUGCUGAUAUGCAUCAUUAUAGCAUUUCCUUCAUCAUGGGGAUAUUUUUUAUCUUUCCAUCCAGUCUAGUGUCUAGUGUCUAGUGUCUAGUGGCAAGUGUAAAAAAAAGUUAUAUUGAUUUCAUGGUUGUGUUCAUUAGGGUACACCGUAGCGAAAUGUUGUAAUACUGAAAAAGUUAAGAUGGAACCUCCCCGUUUCACGCUGUUUCGGACUGUUUUCUUCUGGUUUUUGCCAAGUGAACAAAACCCAGUAGGCUACUCCAUUUUGUGUAUGCUGACUAGGCUUGGGCGAUAUACCGGGGUAUUUAGACAUACCGACGGUAUGAUAUAUUUUAGCCACCUCGCGGGGGCUCAGGAGGGUGCGCGUUAAGCCACUGCCUAUAACUAAGUUAACUAUCUAAGAUGUGCCAAAUAAAUUAUAUCCAGCUCAGGGCUCCAGCUAUGCAUUUGGUUUGCUAACUUGCUAGCUAAGUGGCUAGAUGGCAAGAUCAAGGUUAUUGAUUACAGCAGAGACAAUCAAUCCCCUCCUGGAUCAAGAUCCAUGUUGCCUAAAUACAUUUUGUGCGUAUAAAAAAGAAUAUAUAUAUUUUUUUUAAGAAACAGCGCCCCUUGUGUGCACAUCCAGUAAUACCAUAUACCCUGGUAUGGUACAGAAACGAUAUGCCCAACCCUAAUACUGACAUAUUUCUUCUCUUGUCUUCCUGUCAGGAGUACACUCCUCCAGCAGAGGGAGUGUCUGGAAGUGAGGAGACAUGGAGGGUGUCAUCUGCCUCAGAGCUACUCCAGGUCCAUGUCAACUUCCUACGAGGCAAGGUGCAGCUCUUACUGUCCAACGCGCCCGUCUGCUACCAGGGCGGCAGCUGA